AUGAAGCUCAACAUCUCCUACCCGGCCAAUGGGUCGCAAAAGAUCAUCGAGGUCGACGAUGAGCGCAAGCUCCGUCCUUUCAUGGAGAAGCGCAUGGGCACCGAAGUUGCCGGCGACUCCCUCGGCGAUGAAUUCAAGGGUUACCUGUUCAAGAUCACCGGUGGUAACGACAAGCAGGGUUUCCCCAUGAAGCAGGGUGUUCUCCUGCCCACCCGUACCCGUCUGCUCCUCGCCGACGGCCACAGCUGCUACCGCCCCCGCCGCACCGGUGAGCGCAAGCGCAAGUCCGUCCGUGGUGCCAUCACCGGUCAGGACCUUGCCGUUCUUGCCCUGUCCAUCGUCAAGCAGGGUGAGGGUGAGAUCCCCGGUAUCACCGACACCGUCGUCCCCAAGCGCCUCGGCCCUAAGCGUGCCACCAAGAUCCGCCGCUUCUUCGGCCUCGACAAGAAGGACGACGUCCGCAAGUUCGUCAUCCGCCGUACCGUCACCAAAGAGGGCAAGCCCGAGUACACCAAGGCCCCCAAGAUCCAGCGUCUGGUUACUCCCCAGCGUCUGCAGCGCAAGCGUCACGCCAUUGCCAUCAAGCGCCGCCGUGCUGAGGCUUCCCGUGAGGCUGCCAACGACUACGCCAAGCUCCUGGCCAACCGUGUCCACGAGGAGAAGGCCAAGCGUGAUGAGCUCCGCAAGCGCCGGGCGUCUUCGAUGCGGAAGUAG